AUGUGCUACCAGUUGGUCGAGCUCUACUCGGCAUGCCGGUGCCUCUACUACCAGCACGCUGUUGACCGGUGUGCGGCGUAUGGGCGGCCUGGCCAUGGCAUCCAAAGGCGAACAAUACUCGUUGGCUAUGCCUGCAGCGAGCACUCGUCACAUUCCAGUGGAUACGACUACGGUUACCCAUCUCAGUACUCGGACUCGGGGUACCACUCGGGAAGGUCAUCCAAGAGCUCUCGCGGCCACUACCGGUGA